AUGCACAUGUUGUUGUAUGCCUGUUCACCUGGCGAGCAAGUGCACUUUCAGUUCGCAAAAGUUGUCGUCGGGACGGAUGCAUUUAUUCAGCUCAUAGAAACGCGGCAAGGAUGCGACAAUGCCAGGUCAAAAAUAUGUAGUUUUAACUCUGUGAUUCUGAUUUGCUACCAAAAUUUCCUGACUAAUGAGGCAGUUUUUCUGACAAGAAAAGAUCAACCAUGGCAGAUGAAGGUGUAGAUGAAAUAGCAAGUAACAACCAUCACAGUGAUUUGCUGCUCUCUGACUGUAGCAACAACCACACAGACGGCAGUAUUCAAAACAAUGACUGUGCAAUUACAGUUAAAAAUGAAACAAAGUCUCAGCUAGAAGAUCAAGGGUCAUCUAAUAACGUGAGACAAGGAGGUUUGAAGAGUAAGAAUAACACAUCUGACCUUGACCUUCAUAAUACAGCUGACCUUGACCCUGCACCAAUUACUGACUCCCGAAGUGAUGCCUCGAUGGAGGUUCAGCAUUUAGAAUUAACGGGAAUGAGAGAAGAUGAUAGUGGGAUUAAUGUGGAGACUGCUUCCCCUUCAAAAAGUGAAAUAUCUGACACAGAUGUAACGAGUACCACAGAUAGCGGCAUCAACAUAGCACAGCAGUCUGACCCAGAGAGCAUCAGUAUAGCAGAGAGCAUUAAGUUAGAAAAUGAAGCCAGUGAUGCUGGGAAAAUUGACAUUUUCUUGGACAAUGAUGAAGUAGAUGACGAUGAUGACGAUGAUUUGAUUUCUUCAGUCCAAACAUUAGAUCACCAUAGUAACACUAGCACUCCUGUUCAAAGUAAAGAAACCACAGCAAAAGUAUUAGUUUUACAAGACAUUGACAAUGCAACAAAAAAUGAUAAUAAAACAGACAGAUCUCCAAAUACUGACUCUAAAAGAGGUGACCUUGACCCAGAAACUACAGGUCAAGGUCAAACCCCAUCAGUAUCUCAGACCUCUGACUUUAAUGACGGCAUGUUACCAGACAUGGUCGACACUGACGACAGCAAUCCCAUAGGCCAGUAUGACUUUAAUGUUGACGAAGAAAUGAAAGUGUAUCGCAAACAAAAGCGUGAUCGCAGGAUGUCCACCUCGUCCAGUAGUGACGAUGAUCUCGAUGAUUUGGCUUUCGGUAAAGAAGACGAUGCUAAAUUCAGUAGUGAUGAUGAGGAUGAAGACAAAAGCAACAUGGAUUUAGACAAUUCGAGUCCUUUGUUGAAUAAUUGGCAUGCCUUGGGGCAGUUGCGGCAGCGUGAGUUAGGCGUGAGUAACUGGAAGCACCCUCGACUGUUUGCAAUCGACUGCCAUGCCAGUCUUUACAUGGUGCAGAAACUACAGCUCCAGUAUAAGAUGGAGAAACACGAUGGCUGUGUGAAUGCCUUACAUUUCAAUGAAACUGGUACCAGAAUUGCCAGUGGUUCAGAUGACCUGCAGGUGAUACUAUGGAACUGGAUGGAGAACAAACCGGCUCUGGCUUUUGACAGUGGACACAGGAGUAAUGUGUUCCAG